AUAUCACGACGCUUACAAGCCGGGAAUGAUCAAAGCCGGUGCGAAAUGGGUAUACCCUGAGGAUGAGAUUGUCGACGGAGGCACCUUUGAACACAAGGUAGGCAUUUCGACUCUCUGGCACUGGGGAACCGAGGUCAACUUAUAACAUUACACAAGAAACGAGCUAUGGAGAUGCAAUUGACGGAAGGAAUCGCAAAGACACUCACGGAACCCGUCGACUCGGGCGCAGCACAUCAUCUGGCUCACUUCAUUCCGAAAGAUGUUCUGAGGUCCUUCGAAGCGGAAGUACAGGCAAAACGGGCAGGCCUGAAAACCUCGACGAAGGAUCAGUACGCCGAAAACAAACUAGAUGAAUCAAACUCGGGUUACAGGCUGCUCCAGAAACAGGGUUGGACCGAAGGGGCAGGAUUGGGCGCGCAAGGGUCGGGAGUGACCGUUCCCAUUAAUGGAGGAUUGGUACGGCCAGCAAAGACAGGUCUUGGACAGCAACUUGGGGACAACGUCGAUGCAGCUGAAGAUGAUAUUGAAGUAUAUCGGAAAAGGAUGAUGCUAGCGUACAAGUACAGACCGAACCCCUUGAACAAUCCUCGGAGGCCGUAUUGACUGUUUCAGCAAUGCUGGACUGGGCGCAGCUUUUCCGGGGACGAGCUGCUUGUUACCAUUCAUGGGAAGCAGGCCUCCGUGAUCGCCUAACGGGCCCUCAACCACGCUACGAGCUUCGAUAAACGGUGUUGGACGAGCCAAAGAUGUGAAACGUUCAGUGAUGAUGACAUCGACAGAUUCUGGAAGGCGUUCGCAACGGAACCUCUAGCCGCGACAGCUUGAU